UCUAUAAAUAGGAGCCCUCUCUCCUUGCACUUGGCUAUUUUGCACUCCCACCCCUCAAAAAUUUUCAGCCGCCAGCAACCUUUCUUCCUCCCACGCACAGCAGCCAGCGCGCAGGGAGCUUCCCUGUCCAUGGCGUCUCCUCCCCUUCCUCGAGCAAGCUCCAGCGUGCGCGGGGGGCAGCAACCUCGACGGUCGGCCUCUCUCCCCUGCUGUCGCUCGCCCUACAGGGAUGGAGAGCAGCCGUGCGCUCCCUGCAGGCAAGCAGAACCUCCAGCCGAGCGCGCUCCCUGUCCUUCUCCUGGGCGUGUCCCCUGCUCCACGGCCAGCAGGAAGCCAGCGCCCCUCUGCAGCUCCUUCUCCCAGGGCGCUCGACGCUCCUGCAGCAAGGCCAGCCCCCAUGGCGCCCUUCCUCCUCGGCUCAAUGGUGUGGCCGAGCAGCAACCUCUUCUCUCUGUUUCCUGUGCGUGCGCAGGGGCAGAAACUCCAUGGCCGCCGAGCUCCAUUCCUCCAAGCAGCAGCUCCCUCCAUGGCGCCAUUUCUCCCAGCCGGCGCCCUCAUUCCUCCCUGCGCAGCGCCCCUUUUCUUCUACCUCUUGUCGGCGCCCAGAAAUUCCAGCAGCGAGCAGCGCACGUCCUGCUGUCCAUGGCGUGCAGCAAACGUGGAGCUCAGCUCCACCUCUCCCCAUGGCUGCGAGCUCCUUUCCCUAGCUGCUCGGCUCCCCCUCCCAUGGAAACCAGCAGCCUCAUCUCCUCUCCCCAACCGAUGCCUUUUUUUUCCACCUCCGGCAGCAAGCUGCGAACUCCAUUCCUCCAUGGCCACAAGCCUUUCCUUGCUGCGACUCCUUCCCAAGGACAGCACCAACCCCCUCCUUCUCCAUCGCAGCAGCAUCAGUGCUUCCCUCGCCGCUUGCAUGCCACCCGCUCGAUGUAUUGCGCAGCCACAUUGUCGCUGCUCGUUGUCCGUCAACGCAGCCCCUCUGUUUUCCCCGUUGGCGCAGCGGCCCCGACGCCUCCACGCGCUGCCGGUUCCCUGUUUUAUAAAGCGCAGUGAACAGCACGCCGUCGACACUCGCCGGUUGUUUGCUGUUUUUGCGCAGCCCCGUCGUCGUCGUCGUUCACCCCGGAGAAAACCCCGUGCUUGCGUGGAGAAGGCAAGUCGCUCGACGCUCGUCGAUGUUCGUAGCGAUGCACAAAUCGGAAUCACCGUCGUUCUUGCAAACGCCGAUUUGGGUUUGUUUAUGGACCGAGAGGUGACGACCGUGCGAGUGAUGUGGUGUCAACCACAAGAUGCAGUCGGUGGACGACCCAAGGAAGGAUGGACUUAACCAGUGGAUGCUCGCCAAGCGAGUACCUCCCCAGCAAACACUAUCUAAGUGUUAAAA